CUGAACUUCCGGUCAAAACAAAAGUAAACGUUAGUUAGUAUUGUGUGUAAUAUACUGUGUAAGAAUGUUAUCGUAAACAUGGAAAAAGAGCACGAAAAGAAGCAUAAAAAGAAGAAAAAGACUCACAGACUUUCUGAUUUGGAUGGAAGUAGUGAUGUCGAAACACAUAAGAAGCACGUGCAGAAGAAGGACAAGAAACAUAAGCAUCGUCAUAAAUCUACUAGUCAUCAUCGUACACAACAAGUCGACAGUGCGAGACAUAUGCAGGUAGAGUCUGACAGUGACAGUGGCAGAGGAAAGCAUAGGGUGCUACAUCGACCAAGGGAUGAAGGCGAAAAAAGCAGAUAUAAAGAGUAUUCAAGUGAAAUUAGACAUGACUCUAAAGUCAGGGGAACGACACGGAUCUGACAGAGACACACAGGGAUAUAGUGGUUAUAGAAAACAGUAUACCAGGAGGUCACACUCACUGUCAGACUCUGAAGAAGUGGUGUCAUACACCAAAAGUGUCAAUACAGGAAUACAGAGGAGAGAUGGUGUUGCUGAUAAGAAAUAUAAACGUAAAAGGCGGCCAAGUUAUGGUUCAGAUUCCGACCAACAUGAUUCAUCUCGACAAGAUACAGCCACUAAAAGUGGCAACGAAAGUGAUGGACCUCAGGAACAGUUUGACUUCAGAAAAUACAGAUACUCGCUUAACAAAAUCUUUUUCAAGGAAGAUGAUUUUAUUAAAAGGGGGAGUAAAGUGUACGAUGAUUUCUGGACUUUUCUUGAAAAGUACCAAGCAUUUAAGCGGAAAAAAAGUAGUCAAGAAAAAAGGAAACAGAAAGAACCUACAAAGGAGGGAAAGCUUGGGCUUCCAAGAAAUUAUGACAAUAUGUACAGGAUAAAUGUCACACUGACCAGUAAAGUUGUGGAAGAUUUUCUCAAUAAGGGACGAUUAGUUGAUGCUGAUACUCCUAGAGAGUUGACUGUGGAGAGAGUUCGUGAAUUCAGGAGCAUUUUACUACACUAUGUAGAUUUUGUCCAGAAACAAAAGUUUAACAAACUGAAGAAGAUAAAGAAGGACCAGGAGAACCUGCCUAUAUUUCAGUACAGACAGAGAAUACUAGAUACGGUCAACCAAAACCAGGUCGUCGUAGUGGCGGGGGACACUGGGUGUGGCAAGUCUACACAGGUGCCACAGUACCUGAUGGCUGCAGGGUUUACCAAUAUAGCAUGUACACAACCAAGGAGAAUAGCAUGUAUAUCUCUCUCCAAACGUGUGGGCUAUGAAACCCUCAAUGAGUACGGCUCCGAAGUGGCUUACCAGGUACGCUUUGAAAAGACAAAAACGAGAUUCACAAGAAUUCUAUUUCUCACUGAAGGUCUUUUGUUACGGCAGAUGACCUCUGAUCCCCACCUGAAGCAAUACAGUGUGAUUGUGAUAGAUGAAGUUCAUGAGCGCCACAUACACACUGACUUCCUGCUUGGUAUCCUCAAGUGUAUGUUACGUCACCGUGAUGACAUCAAACUUAUUCUGAUGUCAGCCACAAUCAACAUCCACCUCUUCAGUGAUUACUUUGAUGAAGCUCCAGUAGUCAAGGUUCCAGGGAGACUGUAUCCAAUACAUCUAGAGUACUGUCCCAUCAGGAGAGAUGAGGUGAACUCGCGUGCGGAGAGGCUCGAUCCCAGUCCUUAUCUACGUGUCAUGCAAACGAUAGACCAUAAGUACCCGGAUAAUGAGCGAGGGGACCUGCUGAUUUUUCUGAGUGGUAUGACAGAGAUUAUGACUGUGGCAGAAGCUGCUAAAAUAUAUGCUGAGAACACCAAGAAGUGGAUCAUUCUUCCUCUUCAUAGUGCCCUGUCUAUAUCCGAACAGGAUAAGGUGUUUGACAUUGCACCAGAUGGUGUGAGGAAGUGUAUCAUAUCGACCAACAUAGCCGAGACCUCUGUCACGAUUGAUGGUGUCCGCUUUAUAGCCGACUCUGGAAAGGUUAAGGAAAUGAGCUUUGACCCCAAAUACAAGAUGCAAAAAUUACAAGAGUUUUGGAUCAGUAGAGCAAGUGCAGAACAGAGGAAAGGUCGUGCAGGGAGAACUGGACCUGGAGUAUGUUACCGUCUGUAUGAGGACAAGGACUACGAUGAGUUCCAGGAGUUUGCAACACCAGAGAUACAGAGGGUGCCCCUCGACUCCCUCGUCUUACAGAUGAUCUCCAUGGGGCUGCCUGAUGCCAGGAAGUUCCCAUUCCUGGAAGCUCCAGAGAUGAGUAGUAUUGAGAACUCUAUCAUUUUCCUGAAGGAGCAGGGUGCUCUAAGGGAAGAUGAAACACUCACACCGAUUGGUCAGAUGUUGUCACGGUUACCUGUUGAUGUUGUGAUUGGUAAAAUGCUCAUCAUGGGAUCCAUAUUUCAUAUAACUGACCCUGUUCUCUCCAUCUCUGCGUCAAUGAGUGUCCAGUCUCCAUUUACCAGUAAGGCACAUACUGACCAUGAUGCUAUUUCGGCACGGAAACCUCUGGAGUCUGAGCACGGAGACCCUUUCACUCUACUUAAUGCUUUCGAUGAAUGGAUACAGGUGAAAGCUGAAGGUCGGGGGACAAGGAAAUGGUGUAGGAGAAGAGCGUUGGAGGAACAGAGAUUUUAUGAGAUGACCAAACUUAAGGAUCAGUUCAAACAGCUGCUUCAGGAUCACAAUUUGUUGGACAACAUAGCAGAGGCUGACCGUUUUUACACCAGCGACGAGAGGCGCAGACAACAUGCAGACAGGAAGCGACUUGGUCAGUUGAAACGUGAGAAAGCCAAUGAGUCAAAGAGGAGAAAAGUACUGAAGCUUGAAGACGGGGAUUACACUAUCAGUGAUGGAGAGGAGGAUGACAAGGGGGAGGAUAUCAAAGAUCUGGAGUUCCGUCUGUCACAUGACAUAGAUAAGUUGCAUGAAACUUCCAACAAGAAUCGUAACUUCAGUCGCCGUGAUGUCAACCUCCUGAAGAUUAUCCUUUGUAGUGGUCUCUACCCACAAGUAGCCAUAGCUGAUGAUUGUAAUAGCUACAAGUCUGACUCAGAACAGUCCUUCCACACCAAGAGUAAGCCGUUCCUCCUUCUCCACCCUACCAGUGUGUUUGCCUGUCAUCCAGAUCUGCUUCAGGUGGACGAGGUAAAAGUGGACACAAAGACACCCAGUGACCUUCAAGGAAAACUCAACCACAAGCAUCAACUCCUCACAUUUGUGUCGUUGUUGGAGACUACCAAGCCUUACCUGAUGAACACAAUGAGGGUUCCAGCUCUACAGACCACCACACUCUUCUCCAACUUCAUAGACACUAACUCAGACUGCACCAGACUUGUGUGUGAUGGCUGGCUGGAGAUCCGUUUCUCUGAUCAGGAGUCUGCCCAACAUAUCAUGUCUGCUGUGAUACAACUACGGGCUACAUGGCAGAAUCUUCUGACCUUAAGGCUACAGGAUACAUUCAAAAGCCUGGAUUCGGAGAAAAAAAUCAACCCAAGAGCACGGAAAUUAGAAAAGCUUCUGGCUGGAAAGUUAACGGAGUAUCUAGGUAGUGAAGUUCCGUAUGCUGUGCGGCGUGUCAUGACUGCUGAGUUGAAGAAUAUGUACAAAGGUCCAGGACGGGAGUCCAAUAGUAACCAGGAUACUGCUGUAGUAGCUGGCUUGAUGGGUAGUAACUAUGGUGACAAGGAACAUCCAAUCAAAGGAGGAACUCAGAUCAAUGAUUACAUCACAUAUGACUGGGGAGGGGGUGAUGGGAAUGGGAGGAAAGGAAAGGGAAUCACAAGGCAGGAACGGGAAAGGGACAGCACAAGUAAAAGGAACAAGGGGAGAAAGGGAGGAAGGGGAGGAAAGGGGGAAGGGAAAGUAAAAGGAGAGGCAGGCAGGCACGGAAAGACGGGCAAGGGAGGAGCAGGGAACGAGAUAAGGGAAAAGGGCCCCGUAGGGCAGAGGCAGCCCGGAGGGCGAGACACAAGGACAGGUCAAGGAGGGGGCAGGAAGGGAGAGGAAGGAAGGAGAGAGCGGAAGGCCGAGACAGCGGAACAGGGAAAAAUGGAGGAAUGCGAAAAAGUGCAAGAGGGAGGAGAGGGAAAAGACGGGAGGAGGAAAAAGGAAGAGGGCAAGGCCAAAGGAAGCGGACAAAGGGAGGGAAAAAAAGCCAAGAGGUACCGGGUCAGAGAGGGAGGGAGGACAAAAGGGUUGGCCAGGAGAAAGGGAGGUAGGAAAGGAAGGGGGAAGGAGGCAGAAAGCAAGGAAGAAAGGCCGCACAAGGAAGGAAAGGGAAAGGAGCACGGGAGAGGAAAGGGGGGGGAAAGAAUUGUAAUUUCAGCAACUAAAGAUGAGGAAGAAAAAGAUAUAAAGGAAGAGAAAGAAAGCCAGCUGAAUACCCUUAGAAAGACCUACCAUUGUACGGUUUGUGACAAAGACUACAGCUUUACCACCACAGAAAUACUCAAACACAGACGCUCCCACAUCAAUAGCUGAUACGCUCCCACAUCAAUAGCUGAUACGCUCCCACAUCAACAGCUGAUAUAGGACGCCUAUCAGGACAUAUGGAAUACAGUGUUUCAAAUGCCAAUGUUGACAGUAGUGUUUGUGAGAAAUGUCAUGGAAUUUUGUUUUCGCUGGAAUGAAAAUGUUUUAAAACAGUUUGAUUCUAUAACAGAAAUUCAGUCUUCUUCAUAAGACAAAAACCUUCAUGAAAGGUAGGAAAUGACACUAGUUUAAGGUUUGGAGAGAAAAUUCAAAUUUUGAAGGUUGCAUAAUGCUGUUCUGCAGCUGAGCAGUUGUCUUUAAAUAUUUAAACUUUGAUGUAAUACAUUCAGAAGAGAUCAAUAUUUUAUGACAUAGCUGUCAUAGCAAUAUAGGCAUUGACCUUGUCCUGUGUCCAUUCAUAUAAUUGAAUUUAUUUAAGAAUAAACAUCUGUUAUCAAUUAUUUUAA